AUGGCGGAUCUCAACGGUUUCCACUUGGCCAACAUUCUUCGAAUGACUCACCCAGCCAAGUUCCAAAAGGAUCACUCUGUCAAUACCACGGAGGAUAUCAACAUUGUCAAUGGUGCACCGCGCGACAGCUGUGCCGAUAGUGAUGAUGACAACCAAGAGGAUGAGGACGAGCUCGUUGUUCGUGCCUUGAAUAAAGCGCAUGAGGAGUGGAAGCGCAACAUCAUCGACUUCAAAGCCAUGUUGACAAGCCGACGCGAACGACAGCAGGAGCAGCUCUUGUCAAGUGCCGACUUCCCGCCACUGGAGGAGGAGAUCGAGUAUGGUAUGGAGAAUGCAGGAUAUUCCUACCGGGCGCCGAUUUGGCCCACGAUUGACGACAGCGAUGACACUGAGACCAUCUCGGACACGGACUCUCUCUUGAAUCAUCACCGUGAUGCCGAUCUUGGCCAGCCGGGCGAUCAGUUGCCUGAUUAUGGCACUAUUACGCCUCCCCUCCUACCCCCGCGUGCUACGGAGCAAAAGACUCAUCACGAAGCAGAUACCCGGGCGUCGUCAAUGUCCAGCAUAAUUUAUGACCGUGCUUGGCUGAUCAGCCAAUGUACCUCUCACUUGCAGGCAUUUGGAGAUGCCACGACGGAGAUGACCUCCAAGCGGCUCUCAAUUGACAUUUUUACAAUUCUCAGAUCCGAUAAGGCUGAUGAUGAUAUUCAAAUCAAUUUGGUGGACCUUUUGGGAUUUGAGAACUUCGAAUUCAUUACUGCCCUCUUGACGAACCGGCGAACGAUCGUGGAAAAUAUCAUGGCACAGACGACGUACGAUCCAGAUGCAGAGCCUUCAAAGAAUCAGAAGCACGAGCGCCACGACAAUUAUAGGGCACCCAUAGGAACCAACUUUACUAUUCAGACAGAGGACGAGAAACUGGCAGCCAAGUUGGCCCGAAAGGAGCGCAAGAAGCACGGAGUACGCGACGAAGAAGAGGAGGCGGCACUGUCAUCGACAAUCCUAGGAUUCGAUCAGGAGGAUCUACGCAAAGCUCGUGAGGAGCAGCUUCGCAACAAUGCAUCCAUGCCUUUGGCUAGUUCACAGCAAAAAACGAACUUUGGCGGACCUGACUACCCACAUGUAUAUCAGUCAAAGAAAGGUGGAAACAUGCUGUCGGCUAUCGGCAAGAGCUUUGCCCUCCCUCCAGGCGCAACACGCGAAGACGAAAAGGAUUAUGAAGAGAUUACGAUCCCGAUUACUAAGCAAGCUCCCCGUCGUGCUACAGAAAAGGUCAUCAUGAUCGAUCAAAUGGAUACGUUGUGCAGUACAACCUUCAAGGCAUAUGCCUCCCUCAAUCGCAUCCAGUCCAUUGUAUACCCCGUGGCGUAUGAAACAAACGAAAACAUUCUCAUGUGCGCCCCCACUGGAGCUGGUAAAACGGAUGUCUCCCUGCUGACGAUUUUGAGAACAUUGAACCAGCACUGUACUCCAACACCCCGACCUGGCCUUGACCCUAAGCAGUACGUGGUAGCAAAGAACGACUUCAAGAUUGUGUUUGUGGCACCUAUGAAGGCCCUCGCAGCUGAAAUUGUGCGCAAGUUCAGCUCGCGUUUGAAGUGGCUCGGUAUCGAGGUACGCGAGUUGACAGGAGAUAUGCAGUUGACCAAGGCCGAGAUCGCCAACACGCAAAUCAUUGUCACGACGCCUGAGAAGUGGGAUGUUGUCACUCGCAAGAGUACAGGAGAUGUUGAACUAGCUCAGAAGGUCCGCUUAUUGAUUAUUGAUGAGGUGCAUUUGCUGCAUGACGAGCGUGGCGCUGUUCUGGAGAGCAUCGUUGCGCGUACGCUGCGCCAAGUUGAGACCUCCCAGUCUAUGAUCCGUAUUGUUGGUCUAUCAGCUACACUUCCCAAUUAUGUCGAUGUCGCAUCGUUCUUGCGCGUCAAUCCCUAUCAGGGGCUGUUCUACUUUGAUGGCGGCUUCCGACCUGUGCCAUUGGAGCAGCACUUUUGUGGAAUCCGCGGCAAGUACGGCUCUUCUCAAUACACUCGAGGAUUGGACCAGACUUGUUAUGACAAAGUUGUAGAUCUCGUCAAGGAAGGACAUCAAGUUAUGGUGUUUGUUCACGCGCGCAAGGAUACCGUCAAGACGGCGCAGAUGUUGAAGCAAAAGGCCAGCGAUGAGGACGAGCAGAUUUUCUUUGACGCCUCGAGCGAUCCUCAGUACGAACUCAGGAAGAAAGACCUUGCAAGAUCAAAGAAUCGCGAAAUGAAGGAGCUCUUCCAGUAUGGCUUCGGAAUUCACCACGCAGGAAUGCUGAGAGCUGACCGCACGCUUACAGAGAAGCUGUUUGCUGAUGGAUUGAUUAAGGUUCUCUGCUGUACUGCUACUCUUGCCUGGGGUGUCAACUUGCCAGCAUACGCUGUAGUGAUCAAGGGUACGCAAGUCUACAACACACAAAAGGGUGCCUUUGUUGAUCUGUCGAUCCUGGAUGUGAUGCAAAUUUUUGGUCGUGCCGGUCGUCCUCAAUAUGAGACGCAUGGCGUAGGAUAUAUUCUGACGACUCAGGACAAGCUGAACCACUAUGUCGCGCUCAUCACCCAGCAGCUUCCCAUUGAGUCGAGGUUUAUCGAAAGUAUGGUGGACAAUUUGAACGCAGAGUUGUCACUAGGAACCAUCACAAACGUGGACGAGGCCGUCACCUGGCUCAGCUACACUUAUCUGUACGUUCGCAUGCGCAAGAAUCCGCUCGUCUAUGGAAUGGACCACACGGAGCCUGCGGAGGACCCUCUCUUGGGCAAGAAGCGCCGAGACAUCAUCGUGGCAGCUGCCAAGGCCCUACAUAAAGCGCAGAUGAUCAUUUACGACGAGAAGACAGGGUUUCUGACCCCCAAGGAUCUCGGACGCAUCGCCUCCAACUACUACGUGUCCCACAAUAGCGUCAACACCUACAACAGCCUGAUGAAGCCGCGCAUGACAGAGGCAGACGUGCUCGCCAUGGUCAGUAGAAGUACUGAGUUCGAGAACGUCAAAUCCAGAGAUAACGAACAAGCGGAGCUGGGCAAACUGUUGGAGCAAGCUUGCCCCUGCGAUGUCAAGGGUGGUUUGGACGCCUCGCCGUCCAAGGUCAACAUUCUGCUCCAGGCAGCUAUCACGCAGGCCCCGUUGGAGGAUUUUGCCUUGGUAUCUGAUAGUGCGUAUGUUGCUCAGAACGCGUCGCGUAUCAUCAGAGCCCUGUUUGAAAUCGCACUGAAUAGGAGCUGGGGCCCUGUAUCGAAUGUCCUUUUGUCUCUCGGAAAAUCGGUCGACAAGAAGAUGUGGUCCUUUGAACAUCCACUUGCUCAGUUCGGACUUCCUCGAGAUAUCAUCACCAAACUGGAAGCCCGCACCUACCCACCUACGAUCGAGGACAUGCGCGAAAUGACCGUCAACGAACUAGGCGAGCUGGUUCGCUUCCAUAGGAUGGGUGAGACAAUUUCUAAGUGCGUGGACCAGUUCCCAGUUUUGCAAAUGGACGCUCAAGUCGCUCCCAUCACCAGGAACGUCCUCCGAGUUGCUCUCACAAUCACACCCGACUUUGUUUGGAACGACCGUAUCCACGGAUUCAACGAGCCUUGGUGGAUUUGGGUCGAGGACUCAAACAACACCGAGAUUCUGCAUUCAGAGUACUUCCUGCUCUCGCGUCGACAGCUGGGCCAGCCCCAAGUGAUCACAUUCACCAUUCCUGUGAUUGAGCCCCUGCCGCCUCAGAUCUUUGUUCGCGCGAUUUCUGACAAGUGGAUCGGAGCCGAGUCAGUGCACGCUAUCUCGUUCAAACACCUGAUCCUGCCAGAGUUGUAUCCACCCCAUACGGAUCUUCUGGAUUUGCAGCCCUUGCCUGUCUCCGCACUGCAUAACGAGGUUUUGGAAGAGAUUUGUUUGAAGCGAUUCUCACACUUCAACCCUAUUCAGACACAAAUCUUCCACACGCUGUACAAUACCGGCCACAACGCUCUUAUUGGUGCCCCUACUGGAUCAGGAAAGACUGUUGCUGCUGAAUUAGCCAUGUGGUGGGCAUUUAAGGAUCAACCAGACAGCAAGGUCGUAUAUAUCGCUCCCAUGAAGGCCCUGGUUCGCGAGCGUGUCACGGACUGGACAACUCGUUUGGUUGGUCCCAUGAACAAGAAGUUAGUUGAGUUGACUGGAGACGUGACGCCCGAUAUCAAGUCGAUUGAGAGUGCUGACAUUAUUAUUACGACGCCCGAAAAGUGGGACGGUAUUAGUCGUAACUGGAAGACAAGACCCUAUGUUCAGAAGGUGUCCUUGGUUAUUAUUGACGAAAUUCACCUGCUCGGCGGCGACCGCGGCCCAAUUCUGGAGGUCAUUGUGUCUCGUAUGAACUACAUUGGUGCUCAGCUGGACAAGCGGAUCCGCUUGGUCGGACUUUCGACUGCAUUGGCCAAUGCUCACGAUCUGGCGGACUGGCUUGGUAUUCAAGAAGUUGGAUUGUUCAACUUUAGGCACUCUGUUCGCCCUGUUCCUCUCGAAAUCUACAUCGACGGCUUUCCCGGAAAGCACUACUGUCCACGUAUGGCGACUAUGAACAAGCCGACGUACGCUGCCAUCAAGACCCACUCUCCCAACCAGCCCGUCAUUGUCUUUGUCUCGUCGCGUCGUCAGACUCGUCUCACCGCCCAGGAUUUGAUUGCUUACUGUGCCAUGGAGGACAAUCCCAGACGUUUCUUGCAUAUGCCUGAGGAGGAUCUUGAAAUUCUGCUCACGAAGGUCCAGGACUCGAGUUUGAGAUUGUCACUCGGGUUUGGUAUCGGUCUGCACCACGCUGGUCUGCCCGAAAGCGACCGCAAGCUUGUCGAGGAGCUGUUUGUGAGCACAAAAAUCCAGAUCUUAAUCGCCACUAGCACCUUGGCCUGGGGUGUCAACUUCCCUGCCCAUCUGGUGGUCAUCAAGGGAACGGAAUUUUACGACGCCAAGACAAGAACAUACGUCGACUUUCCUAUCACGGAUGUUUUGCAGAUGAUGGGACGAGCUGGUCGUCCGCAGUUUGACCAGGAGGGUAUUGCCAGAAUCUUUGUGCAUGAUGCCAAGAAGAAUUUUUACAAGAAGUUCUUGCACGAGCCCUUCCCUGUCGAGUCGAGUUUGCAUCUACAUCUAGAUGAUCACCUGAAUGCCGAGAUUGUUGGAGGCACUAUCAAGUCGAAGCAGGACGCCAUGGAUUAUCUAACCUGGACGUACUUUUACAGACGACUGCAGAUGAACCCCAGUUACUACGGCGUCGAAGAUUUGACGCCCUUGGGUGUUAAUACCUUUUUGUCAGACCUGAUUGAAAAGUCGGUUUCUAACCUGGAGCGAUCCAGCUGUUUGGAGGUGACUGACGACUUUGAGAUUGAGCCAACCUCGUUGGGCAAGAUCUGUUCGUUCUACUAUUUGAUGCAUCCAACCAUCCGUCAUUUGCAGGAGCACCUCAAGCCGGAUUCGACAUACGAGGACUUGCUGAUGAUUCUCUGUGGCGCCACCGAGUACUCGGAGCUACCAGUGAGACACAACGAAGAUAUUUUGAACAAAGAGCUGGAAAAGGAGUUACCACUCUUGAUUGAGUCUUCGAUGUCAUACGACAGUCCCCACGCAAAGUCGUUCUUGUUGCUGCAAGCAUACUUUGAGCGGAUGAAACUGCCCAUUGCGGACUAUAUCACCGAUACAGUGUCCGUCCUCGACCAAUCUGUCCGUGUCCUCCAGGCAAUGAUCGAUAUCACGGCUGAGAAGGGCAUGUUGCAGCCGUGCUUGUCGACUAUGAAUAUUCUGCAGUCCGUUAAGCAAGCACGCUGGAGCGACGAGUCUUUGCUGACUUUGCCCCGUAUCGAGAAGCAUAUGCUUCCUAUUCUUGCCGCCUCGCAUCAUCAGGGCCGCAACAGAAACAAUAAGAAGGGUACCUUUACUAAAACUGUCGAGCGUUUGUUUGAUCUGACAUCCAUGACCGAGCAUGAGGUCAAGGAUUAUUUCAGUAAGGUUCAGACUUUGGGACCGAUUCACCUGCAGGACAUUUGGAAGGUGGUCCAGAAGCUGCCAGUGCUUGAGAUCAAGUCAAGCAUCGAUACUGGCAUCAAGUCGUUCUUAGUGGGAGAUUUGACCUACAAGGUGACGCUGGAACUCAGCAGGGUCAGGCGACCUAGGGUUGAGUAUGAUGGACGCGUCUACUGCCCCAAAUUCCCAAAGCCGCAGUGGGAGUCCUGGUGGGUGGUGCUCGAGGACGCUGAUGCGAACGAACUGGUUGCGCUCAAGAGAGUGAACAUGCGUACGGGACCUCAAGGCGGGUUCAUUAACCGAGUGACCACGCGUCUGGAUUUUGUUGCGCCAAAGAGAGAGGGUCGACAUGUGUGGAAGAUCCAUUUAUAUAGCGAUGGAUAUCUGGGUAUGGACCAGACAGUGGAUAUUCAGUUUGAUGUCAUGAAUUAG